AUGUCCACCGCUGAAUUUUCCAACACUGCCAUUGGCAAUGCUACCGAGCAGGUUAUGAAAAUUGUACAGGAAGCGGCAAAGUUGAAGGAUGGUCAUCCUGAUCACCUCAAGUUGGCUGUGGAAAUUGGAGAUCUGAUGUCGCUGGUAUUCAAGACCCAUGCCAUGUCGGUGACGACUAUCCUGCUGAUCCUGCUUUCUGCAGCCAUGGAGAUGCUGGAGCAUCUGGAUGCGAUGCAGCAACCUUUUGCCAGUGUACCUGCAUGGAAUAGGAUCACAACCAACAAUCCCCAAAUCCAGCAACAUCCAUUGAAGGAGAAGGCACGAAGCAUUGCUGUUGCCAGGCCCAAGCCUCAGCCUGUGGCAGCGGCAAAAGCAUCCACCGCUGUUGCCAGCCCCGCCCAAGCCAAAGGAAUUCAACACCGGCAUAUACCUCCUCCUAGAAAGCCAACUCGAGUUCAGAAGAGAUGCAAAGGGUCAAAUACCAGUUCGCUGCCAAUUGAAGGCGGCGCACCACAACAUCAAAUUGCCAACACUACCGAAACGCAGACUAAGACUUCCAAACAUCCCAAAGUCACUACAGAAGCAGUGUCGCCGGUGCAAAAUCCACUGAAGGAGGAUGUCAAAGCGGACAUGGAUGGUUCGGAGCUUGUUCCACCGUGUGCAUCAUUUGUCGUGAAGGAUAUGGUGCCACAUGUGCCAAACUUCGAGCUUGUGGUCGUUGCUCCCGGCAAAAACUCAAAUGUUCUCAUGCCAAACCCGAACCUGACAAUGGCAGAAGAUAUGCUGGUGUCUGAAAAUGACGUCGGCACUGCUACCGCUGCCAUGUUGAUGCCAUUGCCGGCCACCUCGGUGCCACCAAUCACCACCCUAGAGGUGGAGACACCACCUGCUGCGCCAUCGGCGUCCUUGAGACAGGAUCCUCUGAUGGUCACAGACGAUUCUGGCGAUGGGCUCACAAAAGUGUUGCAGGAGAUGUUGUUGGAGGUGAUACAAGAAUCAGCGAAUUUGAGUGCCAUGAAUGCCACUCUUAGGGACAGUACUGCCAGCCUCCGGGCUAGCGUUACCAAGCUGCAGGCUGAGAAUACCGCCUCCACAACACAGUUGAAGACACUGGAAGCCAGGAUCACCACUCAGGAUGCCGCUCUCCUUGAAUUGCAAGGCCUUAGGGCAGAGGUAGAGACAUUGCAAGAUCAAGUCAAGACAUGGAAAGAGAAAUCAGCAACAAGGCAGCAGCACCUUCGACGUGUUCAAGAUCAAUUGGGGCAACAAGAACUCGCCACCAGUGUCCUUCGGGAUGCCUACAAUGCCAUCUGGCAACAUCUUAUGGGACAGCCAGGUCCAUUAUCUUCCCCCUUGGUAAACUCCUUGUAUCUUACCAACCCUAUGUAUGGCGGCGGUCAAAGCAUGGUGCCCAUCAGCAUGGGUCAGAUGCAAGCCAUGGAAGGCUUGUAUUUCAACUUGCCAUCAUCGGUUGGUAACAUCUCCAGUGGCUCCAUAUUGGGCGGUCCAUCCACUGGCCCAUCUGUUACCACCAAUGCCGGCAGCACGCAUACCGGCAGUGACACAAUGACCCGGGCGGCAUCAGGUGUAGGCACCAAUAGAUAG